AUGCCAAAGUCUAUGCCGCGGUACACAGAGAGAGGCGUCGACCGGAGAGUCGGACACAAAGAAACAAAGCUGCAGGUUGCCGCAUGUGCCCAUGCCUAUGCGAAGCUUCAGAAGGCCCUGCUCGGGUCGGUCAGCGCCGGUCCCCCAUCCGGGACCGCCGAGGAGGACGGCUUCAGCAUUCUUUGCGGCGGCGAGGGUCUCGUCGGUGAGAGGGGCACUUUUGGCAUCGAUGGAGCACUGAGGCUGGCAGAGCUGGGUGUGUGCAUGCAACGUGUGGUCAGGACUUACACCACCCAUGCGAUGCUUCUAGAGGUUGAACUUGCUAACCCCCCAAGACUCUCGAGAGCCUGA